GGACGGGUCAGAGGCGGAGAGGCGGACGAAAAAUGGCGGCGCCUGACGAGCGGGACUUAACCCAGGAGCAGACGGAGAAGCUGCUGCAGUUCCAGGAUUUGACUGGCAUAGAAUCCAUGGACCAGUGUCGACAGACCUUGGAACAGCAUAACUGGAAUAUAGAGGCAGCUGUACAGGACAGGUUGAAUGAACAAGAGGGGGUACCGAGGGUCUUCACCCAGCCCCCCUCCCGGCCCCUGCAGGUGAACACAGCAGACCACAGGAUCUACAGCUACGUCGUUUCCCGACCGCAACCCAGGGGCCUGCUAGGAUGGGGUUAUUACUUGAUAAUGCUUCCAUUCCGCUUUACGUACUACACGUUACUCGAUAUCUUUAGGUUUGCUCUCCGCUUCCUCCGCCCCGACCCCCGCAGCCGGGUCACCGACCCCGUCGGGGACAUCGUGUCGUUCGUGCACACGUUCGAAGAGAAGUACGGGCGGUCACACCCCGUCUUCUACCAGGGGACCUACAGCCAGGCCCUGAAUGACGCCAAGCGGGAGCUGCGCUUCCUGUUGGUGUAUCUGCACGGGGACGACCACCAGGACUCGGACCACUUCUGCCGCCACACGCUCUGCGCCCCUGACGUGGUGGCCCUCAUCAACACGAGGAUGCUGUUCUGGGCCUGCUCCACGAACAAACCAGAGGGCUACCGGGUGUCCCAGGCCUUGCGAGAGAACACGUACCCAUUUCUGGCCAUGAUUAUGUUGAAGGAUCGGAGGAUGACCGUCGUGGGAAGGCUCGAAGGCCUCAUCCAGCCCGACGACCUGGUCAACCAGCUGACCAUCAUCAUGGAGGCCAAUCAGACACACCUCGUGUCUGAGCGCCUGGAGAGGGAAGAGAGGAACCAGACCCAAGUGCUGAGGCAGCAGCAGGAUGAGGCCUACCUGGCCUCCCUCCGGGCCGACCAGGAGAAGGAGCGGAAGAAGCGGGAAGAGCGGGAGCAGAGGCGGCGGGAGGAGGAGGAGGUCCAGCAGCAGAAGCUGGCGGAGGAGAGACGGCGGCGGAACCUGCAGGAGGAGAAAGAGCGCAAGUCCGAGCACCUGCCCCCUGAGCCGUCCCCGGACGACCCCGAGAGCGUGAAGAUCAUUUUUAAGCUGCCUAACGAUUCCCGGGUGGAGCGAAGAUUCCACUUCUCACAGUCGCUCACGGUAAUCCACGACUUCCUGUUCUCCUUGAAGGAGAGUCCCGAGAAGUUUCAGAUCGAGGCCAAUUUCCCCCGCCGCGUGCUGCCCUGCCUCCCGUCCGAGGAGCAGCCCAACCCUCCCACCCUGCAGGAGGCCGGACUCAGCCACACCGAAGUCCUGUUCGUUCAGGACCUCACAGACGACUGACGCCGCCGUCCCCUGACCCCCUCCCCCCCGCCUUCUCCCUCUCCUCCACCCCCAAACAGAACGAAGAAACGGAGAACGAAGAAG